CCCUUUCCCUUCCAGUCCCCUCAACACUUGGUUCAUACGAGAGUCACACCAUCCUCUCCCCCAUCCGAGCUCUACACCAGUCUGCAACACUCCGCGUGACAUUUCACGACUCCAUUGACACCUGAUUCUCCACCAGUAGAUCCUGGCUGAGGUCGCUUGUCCCUGCUUGUGUCUCCACCGGAAGCUAUUCCUCGCAAGAGGGACUCGACACUUCCUGUCCGAGCAAGCUCACCAGACUCGAGCUGCACUGGCUUAUCGGACAGCAUCUCUUGAUCAAAUAGACCGAGAACCAAGGGCACUGUAUCGUAGACUCUCUCUCUCGCACCCUCCUCCAAAUGGCCAUCACUCCAUCAUCCAUGUCAAGCUCUCCCACCAACUCAAAGGGCCUUAUGGAGGACAAGGUCUUCGAAUCUAUGGCCAAGAAAGCCUCCGAGAGGCAAGUCAAGGAAGCAACACAGGGAUUUGGCUUCCAUUCUUGCGCUCUACAGAUCAAAGACCAGAAGAGGUCCAAAUGGUUCUACACCCAGGUACUAGGAAUGGACGUGGUCAAGGAGACCGAAAGCCACGACGUCACAAUGAUAUUCCUAGCCUUCCCAAACCCUAUCGACAGUGAGACGCCUGAGCUGGAGUUCGGACAACGCAGGGGACUACUUCAGCUUAUCCAUGUCGCAGGAAGCGAGAACGAAGACGCCUUCCGCAUUCGACACGGAGCAUCGGGCUUUUGUCAUCUCUGCGUCAAUGUGACGGACUUGGAGGGAGCUCUCGGUAGGAUGCAGAGCAUGGGAGUGACUAUCUUGGAGCCAGGCACGACCGAGCAAGGGUACGCGGUUAUAGCCGACCCUGACGGCUACAGCCUGCAGCUACUCUGCUGUCAGAUCGACCAGUCCCGCGCUCUCAAGCGACAACUCGAAAAGAUCAUCAUCUCCUCAUCAAGGGACUCUACUUCUCGGUCGUUGACUGCAAACACGGCCGGUGGAGAGUGGACCGAGACGACGAAUGGGUCCUUGCCUCCACCGUCUGGGAUGCCUGCUCUCAGCCAAUUCCGAGGGGGAAGUCCGAACUACCAGCACCCCCACUGGGCGGAAGGUGCAGCAACGGGUGGAAGCCCUCUGGUUCCUGCCAGCCCGCUCUCGGCUCACUUUGCCCUUCCUGCCGUCAGCGCUGCCAGCUCUACGACUGUCGGCCCAGACACGCGACAUCUCAAUGUAGGGCACUCAGUAAUGAGCGGCUUCGAAGACCUGCAAGCCUCGGUCUCGGUAUCUGCUUCCUCUACCGCCUACAGCAACGGCAGCAAUAACGGCAGCGGCAGCCUCAAGGCUAUCGCAGGUCAAUCCGCUGUUCGGCUGGUUGAAUCGACGUGCGACCGAUCUAGAGUCGAUAUGAUCGACGCACCCAAGACGAUAGACUUGACGUGUGUGAGUCCAAGACCACCACUUUCGGCCAGGCGCAAGACAGCGCCCAACGCCCUCUUCCGAACACUUUCGGCGUACGCAAAGUCUGGAGGCCACGUCGAUGGUACUGGAGGCAACGAUCUGGGGUCAAAUACCCAUAGAAGCCUUCCCAGCUCCCCGAAUGGCACCAGAGAGAAGGUGGCGGGGACAGCAGCAGGUGGCACCUACUUCUUCCAGCGACGCGUCUCUACGAAUCUGGCUCCCUCCUCAGGGCCGGGGGCGCCAGCUGCGAAGAAAUUCCGCGAUCGCCUCCCUUUCAUGGGUACAAGGCAGCGAUGAAGAUGGUAGACCAAUGAAGUCACGAUGAAAGUGGAGAACAAGAGGCUGCAGAAGAACUGCAAAACGCAAGUGUGUUGCUAUACGUAUGCCUGUCGGCAAUUUCCUCGAGUGCGGCCGUGAUGCCCCUCCUCUACUUCAUCGGUGUCACCUAGCGCCUUCGCGUGUCCAGAGCCAGCGAAGGCCUUGCACGUACCUCUCUAUCUGUCCCACCCCGUUCUUCUUUUUUCCUAAACCUACGCUAUAUGUAUCAAAGUUCGUGCAAGCAUCUGGCGGGGCGUCGGCGCAGAAUCAUGAUACCGACUUUAGACCCCGACUCUGGUGUGCCUACGGGAUCCCUCACGCCGGCGCCAUUCGCAAUCGCAUACUUAACAUCGCAAUAUUUGAUGAGCCAUCAUAGCCAC